ACACCCGCUUCAUGGACACCGGCGGCGCGACGGACAAGGGCGACGAACGUGAAGGUAAAGGAGGUAAAGAGUCGGACGAAUGGAGGUACUACGGCAGGGGGGAGGACAUGGGCGCGUCGUUUGGCGUGCUGCCGGGGCACGAGGCUAAGGUUGACGGCGGCGGCUUUUCGCAGAUGCCGGCGCCGCCGGGGGAGUCGCCGCCCAGGGCUUCGCCGGCGGGGACGAUCGCCGGACGGACGUCCCCGGCCGAGCGGCAGGACUCGACGGAAUCGCCCGAGCCCUCGUCGUCGUCGUCCCCCGCGUCGCUGCUGUCCAUCGCCGUGGACCUGAGCAUCCCGGCGGAGGAGAUCCAGCUCGGCGAGCGGAUCGGCAUCGGGAGCUACGGCGAGGUUCACCGCGGUUUGUGGCGCGGGACGGAGGUUGCCGUGAAGCGGUUCCUGGACCAGGACCUCUCGCAGCACCUGAUGCGCGAGUUCGAGACGGAGGUUGACCUGAUGCGCAGGCUUCGUCACCCCAACGUGAUUUUGCUCAUGGGCGCGGUGACCAAGACUCCGAACCUGUCCAUCGUCACGGAGUUUCUGCACCGGGGCUCGCUCUACAAGCUGCUGCACAGGCCGCAGCCGCCCCAGGUCACCGCCGCGCUGAGCGAGGCGCGGCGCAUGCGCAUGGCGCUGGACGUGGCGAAAGGGAUGCAUUACCUGCACUCGUGCGAUCCGAUCAUCGUUCACAGGGAUCUCAAGUCGCCCAACCUGCUGGUGGACAAGCACUGGAUGGUGAAGGUUUGCGACUUUGGGCUCUCGCGGAUGAAGAAUCACACGUUCCUCAGCUCCAAGUCGAACGCGGGAACGCCGGAGUGGAUGGCGCCCGAAGUUCUGCGAAACGAACCGAGCGACGAGAAGAGCGACAUAUGGAGCUACGGCGUCAUAUUUUGGGAGCUCUUGACGCUCAAGGAGCCGUGGAACGGUUUGAACCCGAUGCAGGUUGUCGGCGCCGUCGGAUUUUCCGGCAACUCGCUAGCGAUUCCCGAGGAUGCGCGGCCGGAGGCCAAGUCGCUGUGCGAGGACUGCUUCAGGGGGAACGCGAAGGACAGGCCGAGCUUCCUCGAGAUUCAGAAACGGCUGAGACCGAUGCAGGCGAUGAUCACCAGGCCGGGUAGCGGCAACGGCGGCGCGGCGUUGGGGGGCUCUCCGGCUCAGUUCUCGGACUCAAAGCCGCCCGCGUCGCCGAGCGAACCGGAGAAGCCUCCGCGCGCUCCGCCGCCGAAGGACGAGUACCCCAUCCUCCCAUAGUUAGACGAGCGACGGGGUUUAGGGUUUAGGGGCGAGGGGGGGUCUCGACUGAGCUCGCGGAUAAGGGCAAACCAGGUUUUUAACGUUACAGACAACUUUGAC